AUGGUAUCAUCCAGAUAUAGCCAAGCCGCUGCGAAUGCGGUUCACGAUAUCAUGUCCCGUCUGUCAAAACGAAUCAAUAUACCCCUUACCCCUACAAGCCCUCCAGGGCUCGUACAGGCCAAUGUUGUGGAUCCUUGGUCAAAAUCUGGGAAAUAUGGUCUUGGAUGGACCUAUUUCGCCCUCGCCCUCGUCUCAGCCGUCGUUGUCGUGCGCGUUUGGCACUUUUGGCAAGACAAAAUUCGGCAGGCCAUCUAUAAACAAGAGUUGGAAAACCAUUAUAAGACAACAUACAAUGUCGACUCGGACACGUAUCUCUCGGCGCUUCGAACCGGCCAGAGCGCGCAAUUUCUCCCAGAAGGCCCCCAUAUCGGCGACAACCAAUUUCGACCCAAAGCGCACUUUUCGUCGGUAGGCAUCGUCAAUGACACGUUGGCUCUGUUUCGAUGGGUUUUCUACAGGCCCAUCCCCGAUAUUGUCAUUUUUAAAUAUCGCUUUACAUUUUCAUCUCUCGCUGUCCUGGCAUGUUCCUUCAUAUCCGUUGUUUUUGUAACGCUCUAUUGUUUUCUCCAGCAACCUCUGUACUGGCAGAGCAUCCGAUUCGGAUCUCCGCCGCUCGCCAUCAGAGCUGGCAUGAUCUCCGUGGCCCUGACGCCGUGGAUCAUUGCUACCAGCAUGAAAGCCAAUCUACUGACUCUUGUCAUUGGCAUCGGUCCAGAGAGGCUCAACGUCAUGCACAGGUGGCUCAGCUACCUCUGCCUGUUCCUGGCUCUCGUUCACAUGAUCCCAUUCUACCUUCAGCCCGUUUGGAAAGAUGAUGGCAUGAAAGUCUUCUCCAAGCUCUUCCCCGAUGGCACUGGCAUCAUUUACGGCACUGGUAUUGCUUGCAUUGUUCCUCUCAUCUGGCUUUGCGCGGCAUCGCUGCCCUGGAUCCGCAGAAUUGCCUACGAGACAUUUGUCCUGUUACACAUUCCCGCCGGCGUCGUCUAUACUGCUUUGCUCUUCUGGCAUACGAAAAACUUUCUCAUGUCCUGGAACUACCUGUAUGCCAGCCUUGCCAUCUGGUUCGUCUGCUACAUCAUGCGCUUCCUUCGCCUCAACUGGGUGCGGCCCUGGCAGCUAUCUUUCAUGGUUGGCGAUGAAGCUGCUGUUACGCUCAUGGCUGAGAACUGCAUCAAAGUCACGAUACCCACACGGAUGCGUUGGCGACCUGGCCAGUACGUAUAUCUACGCAUGCCUGCUAUCUCUGUCUUUGAGAACCAUCCCUUUACAAUUGCGUCCCUCUGCAGCGAGGAUUUUCCCUCCGCGUAUGGCGAAGACUACAGAGACUGCGUUGUCGUCUUUUGCCCCUACGGCGGCUUCACGAAAAAGCUCCUUGACACGGCGAUGCAAAACGGUCCUUUCCAUACCUACCGCGCCUUCUUGGACGGACCCUACGGCGGCAUGCGGCGCGAUCUCGCCGCAUUUGAUACCUGCAUUCUGAUUGCCGGCGGCAGCGGUAUCACGUCCCUCAUGUCGCAGCUGCUCAACCUCAUCAAGCGUAUGCGCGACGGCAAGGCUAUUACGCGCAAGGUCGUCGUGGUAUGGGCCAUGAAGAAGAUGGACUCGAUGCAGUGGUUCCGCGACGAGCUGAGUCUGUGCCGCGAAUCGGCGCCGCCCGAGAGCGUGACGUGCAAGUUCUUUGUCACAUCGGCGGUGCGCGACCGCCACAACCUGGCCGGCGCGCAGCAGCAGAUAACGGCGCCCAUCAACAGCGGCGGCGGCGGCGGCGGCGCGGCGGCGCAACACAAGCGCCAGCUAUCCCAUCUCCUACACAAUAAGCUCGACGACUUUGUCGCCGGCGUCGCAUCGAAGCGCAACUCGGCCCUAAUCUUGGACGAGGCCAAGGGUGAUCCCGAGCGCGAGAGGGAGCUGCGCGCCGAAAACGAGGACAAGAUCACGGCGCUCCCGCCGCAGAAAUACCUCCAGCCGCAUGCGCCCCAUCACCACACGUCGCCGCCCACGCAACAGCAGCAGCAGCAGCAGCAAGACGAGACGCAGCGGCCGCUCAACGCCAACGGCUUUCCCAUUGAUAAGAAGCCCGACAAGGACGAGUCCGGCACGGAUACUGAAUUCCACUUCCCCCCUAUGCAACGCGAGAACCCACCACACUUCAAAUACGCCCCCGGCACACUCCACACCGACGCCGAGCACCCCGCGGCGCCUACUCCCCCGGAACUCGCGCACCUACGCACCACCAACCUACCCUCCUCCACCGAGCCCCGUCCCCGGCCGACCUCGACAUUCGGGCCCCCCUCGGGCUUUGACUUUGGCUUCCCCGCUACGCCGACCGAGUUCCAGAAGAAUCUCAUGCGGUCCGCAUUUCCCGUGCCGCACGAAAUCGACGGCGGCUGGUCCCUCGAGUACGGCCGUCCCGAGCUCGGCUACAUGCUGCGGCAGUGGGCCACGGGCGGCACUGACGGCCGCGGCAUCCUAGGACGGCGGACGGCCGUGUUUGUCUGCGGCCCGCCGGCCAUGCGCGUCGGCGUGGCGAAUACGGUGGCGCAGCUGCAGGCGGAGAUUUGGGGCGAUGACGAGCUCGAGGAGAUUUUCCUGCAUACGGAGAAUUAUGCGCUGUAG